UCCGACGAUCAUAGAACUCCGCUUUCGGCGGGCGGGAUGCGCAGGCGCGGUGCCGGCCCGCAGCCCGGGCCAUGGUUCCGUGUGCGGGGCAAUGUUGUGAUGUGAGGAGGGGAUGGAGUUGAAUACACGCGCAGCGUCGGACAGCCGCAGCAGCUCGGCGGGGAACACUGACCCGGAGUGGUGGCAGGAGGAGGAGGAGGAUGAUGAGGAGAGUAAUGGCGGAACUCCGGGCCAGGUUGAGAGUAUUUGUCUGGCUGAUGUAAAUCCCUACAUCCUGUGUCCUAUCUGCGGAGGCUAUUUCAUCGAUGCCACGACCAUCACGGAGUGCCUGCACACAUUCUGUAAGAGCUGCAUCGUGAAACAUUUUGACUACAGCAACCGCUGUCCCAAGUGCAACAUCACCGUUCACCAGACACAGCCACUGUACAACAUCAGGCUGGACAGAAAGCUGCAAGAUAUUGUUUACAAGCUGGUGCCCAACCUGGAGAGCAGUGAGAAAAUACGGCUUCAUGAGUUCUACCAUGAGAGAGGGCUUGAGGUUCCCAAGCCGGUUGUGCAGGUGCCCAUCAGUGGCAAAGGGAGUCGUAUCCGACCGCUGGGUAAGAAGCUGCCGCUGUCCGUGACCCCACCGGCCGAACCCACGCCGCAACUCGAUAUCUCCCUGGUGCUCGAAUUUAUUGGGGCUGACCUUGGAAUUGGUGACUAUAAGCCGCUGCAAAAGAAAUAUGUCCGGGUGUCGGAGGAGGCGACAAUCCGACACGUGGAAAAGUUUAUCCGAAAGAAGCUGGAAUUGGACCCCAUGUAUCAGGUGGACAUCACCUGUGGGAACAAGAUCCUCGAGCACCACCACACCCUGCGGCACAUUCGACGGAGUGUCACCCACAGCAGCAUCCGGGUGAGUGCUGGUCUGUACAUCAGAGAGAUUUACCUGCAUGGGAAUGAUGGUAAAGGACGGACUACUUAUUCUGCACUACGGGCUCGUGCGAUCCCAGAAGUGACGGCGGCUGCAGUCCAGCGGUGGUGGAACCGGAGCUGCUGGCACCACCGCCAGAUGUGACACGGUGGUGACCGUGAUGAGAGACUGUGAUCCAGUGCGCCAGAACAUGGAGCUUGCUGCUCCGGGACUGUGUCCCGCCCGGGAUGUGCAGGGAUCAGACAUCCACACGCACUGCAUUCAGGAUUUGGCCAUUGGCUCUGGGAGUCCUCUCCGGUGUGCCCAGGGAUUGCACUGCACUCAGGAACUGGUGGCUCCAGGAAUCUGCUCAGGCGUGCCCAGGGAUCGGACAUCGUCUCGGAGUACGUACAGGAUCCGGUGAUUGGCCUUCGGCAUGAAUCCGGGAACGGUUGGCUGCAGGCGGAUCCUCGGCUGGAUUGGCGCGGUGAGUUGGAGCGUGUUACAGCACUCUCUGAGCAACCUCACCCACCCCUGUUGCCAAUUAUACUGCUCUUUCUCUCCCCCCCCCCCCCCACAUCUGGUCAGCACACAGCGGAUCAUAUGUGACCUGCGUGUCACCCACACCCACCCUCACUGAGUCAGCUGUAACAGCACACUUGCUGGAACUGACUGCUGACUGGGCUGAAGGGGGGGCAAUUCCUGGGACUGACGGGGGAGAGGGCGAGGGGUCACUCCCUGGGAACUGACCGGUGGUGGGACGGGUAGAGUGAUGAUUAUCCUUUGUGACUAUUGUCAGCAUUCAAUCUUUGCCUUUGUACAGGCUGUUUUGCUGUUUUGUUUUCCUUAAAUGUUCAGCAGACUUUUAAAAUAUUUUUCUCCAGUUUGUAAAAUUCUUUGCUGAUUAAUAAAAUUUGGAAUGAAGUAGUUUACUAUAGAAAAUUUGAAGGCUUGUAU